AUCAGACCCCAGGGCGCCUUAGGGGCUUCGUUUUCUACCCUCCAUCCUUUUCGCUUGUCUUGUCUGGCCCAUCCGGCGGUCCUUCCGCGGUCUUCGACUCUUGAACGCCCCCAUCGAUCUACUACUGCAGAUCUUCUCUUCGACGGCAGUGGCUGAUCCGGCCUCCGUCUUCACAGUCGCGCCGCAUUAAGACGCUCGUUAUUUUUUCGGUUCCUGAAUGUGCUGCCUACACUGAUUUCCGCCAUUCGUCCAUCGCAAACUUCUCGACUCCUUUCCUCUGUCCGACUACCCGGUCUUUGUACCCUCGUUUCUUUCCCCUGACCAGUGUCGCAUUCAGGUCAAAGACCUUGACCUACCGCCAGGAUGAGGGUUUCGUUGCUGGCGUGGUCCCUCCUCUCGUUAUUCUCCGUGACCUCUCUCGCCGCUCCCGCCGAUCAAGAUGUAAACGUCGAUGCGGAGGUGAAGAGUACCACCUUCAAUGGCGUCGAAGUGCCUCAAAUGAAGGAGCUGUCGCCGGAUACCUUUAAGGAGACAAUCAAGGACGGUUACUGGUUCAUCAAAGACUAUUCUCCAAUCUGCCCGCAUUGCCGGCAAAUCGCCCCGACAUGGCAAACCCUCUACGAAUUUUACCUUACUUCGGAUCCACUGUCUUCUUCCUCGUCCAAAUCUCCGGACACCCAAUCGUUAAACUCGUUCCAACCUUUCUAUAACUUCCACUUUGCGUCUCUGAACUGUAUGGCGUACGGAGAUCUGUGUAAGGAGUUGGGAGUCAAAUUCUUCCCUACCUUCUCGCUUUAUCACAACGGUGAACUCGUGGAACAUUACGACGGCGAGAAGUCAAUGAAGGGCCUUAGCGAAUAUAUCGAAGGCAAACUGGAGGCGAUCAAACCUGGAUCCCGUCCCCCGAACGGCGUCAAGCUGCCUAAAGCGGGUGCGACGGAGGUGGAACCGAAUGCUCAGCCAGAAGUCCCUGCCGCCAAGGACAAAGAUCCCGAGGCUGGCGCGAAGGCUGGCGAAGAGCACAACGUGAAAGCUGCCGGCCUACCCGAGGAAGACUCGUCCGCCGAGAAGGAUGCGACUCCUAAGCCCAAAUCGGCUCCCCCGGCCGCCCCGGCAAACCCUCAGGGAAUGUCCGUUCCUCUGACCGCCGAAAGCUUCCAGAAACUUGUGACGACCAGCCAGGACCCUUGGUUCAUCAAGUUCUACGCUCCUUGGUGCCCUCAUUGCCAGGCGCUGGCUCCCACCUGGAGACAAAUGGCCAAAGAAAUGCAGCACGUUCUCAACGUUGGAGAAGUUGACUGUGACGUGGAGAAGAGGCUGUGCAGCGAUGCCCACGUCAGUGCUUUCCCGACAAUGUAUUUCUUCCGCGGCGGGCAGAGGGUUGAAUACACCGGCCUCCGCGGUCUGGGCGAUCUUGUCAGCUACGCUAAGAAGUCGGUCAGCGUGGGGCUGGGUGUGCAGGAUGUCGAUGCGGACGAGUUUAAGGAGCUGGAAGAGAAGGAAGAGGUUCUUUUCUUGUAUUUCUACGACGACGCUACGACCUCGGAGGACUUUGAGGCUCUGGAGCGCCUGACGUUGAGCUUGGUUGGCCACGCGCGAAUUGUCAAGACGAACAGUGGCGCUCUCGCGGAGAGGUUCAAGAUCAACACCUGGCCCCGUCUUCUUGUGUCCCGUGAUGGCCGCGCCAACUACUACACUCCGAUUGCCCCCAAGGACAUGCGUGACUUCCGACAGAUCCUGGCCUGGAUGCGGACCGUGUGGCUGCCCAUCGUCCCCGAGCUUACGGCUUCCAAUGCGCGAGAGAUUAUGGAUGGCAAGUUUGUCGUCCUCGGUAUCCUCAGCCGAGCGCGCUCCGAUGAGUUCUUGCAGUCGAAGAGGGAGCUGAAAAACGCCGCUCUUGAGUGGAUGGAAAAGCAAACGCAACUGUUCCAGUUGGAAAGACAAGAGCUGCGAGAUGCCAAGCAACUCCGUAUUGAAGAAGCCGACGACCGCAACGACCAGCGGGCCUUGCGGGCGGCCAAGAAUAUGCGUAUUACAAUCCGUGAGGAUGACAAGAAGCAGGUUGGCUUUGCCUGGGUCGAUGGUGAUUUCUGGGAGCGUUGGUUGAGAAACACCUAUGGCAUUGACGUGGCCAACGGAGAGCGAGUCGUCAUCAACGAUCAAGAUAACCGACGCUAUUGGGACUCGUCCUCGAGCGGAGCUUCCAUCAUGGCUUCGCGUACCUCGAUCCUCGAAACCAUUCCUCUCGUGGUCGCCAACCCGCCCAAGCUGUCCCCCAAGUCGACGGUUGGCACCUUCGAGUCCAUCUUCUUCUUCACCCGGACCUUCAUUGUCAGCCACCCCAUUCUCUUUGUCAUUCUUCUCAUUGUCUCCGUUGUCGCGGCCGCCAUCAUUGCGCGCGGAAGAAAUGCCCGACGUGGAGGUCGUGGCGGCAUCCUCGGCGUGACGAAUGGCAACGGUUUCUUCAACCUUGACGGAAAGGAAGGCAUUUUGAACGGCGGCUCCACGGGUAAAGUGGAUUGAACGGAGUUAUAUGAUUUACUGUACAGUUAGGGUUUUCUUCUUUUUUUUGUUUUUUUUUUUUUUUUU